AUGUUCAAGAGUGAUCUUGAUCGUAUAUCACCUGUGUUGCCUCAUGUUCUUGCUUGCAAGCAUGCACAUGAAGUGUGGGCCAAAGUCCACAAACAUUUCAACUCUCAAAUUAAAGCACAAUUUCAUCAAUUGCGAUAUAAAUUAAAGACUAGCAAGAAAGGUACCAGAUCCAUCUCUAAGUAUAUUCUUCGCAUUAGAACUAUUGCAAACUCUCUCUUGGCUAUAGGUGAUCCAAUCUCUGAGUGGGAUCAGGUGAAUGCAAUUCUUCAGGGAUUACCUGAAGAAUAUAAUUCAUUCAUCAUGAUGGUGUAUAGAAAAUGUGAUCUCACUGAUAUGUAUGAGGUCGAAGCUUUGCUUUAUAUACAAGAGGCACAACUGGAUAAGUACAAGCAAGAGCUUGCUACUUCGAGUGCUUUUCUGCAAAUGUGA